GUAUCUCACAGGGUCGGUAAAUGAGGUGUGUGUCUAGUGCACAGUUGAUGCUUGUUAUUAGCAGUGUUAGCGUUACAUGUCUAUGUGUCUUUCUCCCCCACUGGACUGUGAGCUCCUCUGGGCAGGGACUUAUUCAUUUCUGUAACCACCUCCACCUAGCACAUUGCCUGGCACUUGGGCUCCAGAAAAGUUUGUUGAAUGACUAAUUAGUAAGCCUUAACCUAGCCUUUUCUCUCUGUUGGACAUUUGGGUUGUUUCCAGACCUUUUGCUAUUAACAAAAUACACGUCAAAGCCCUUCUAUUUAUAUUGCCUCAUUUGAUCUGUACGCCCUGUGAAAAAGGUAGAAAGGGGCUAUUUGCGCACGUCCACACUCUGUGAAAGAUGGAGCAACUAUGGCUAGGGGAAGUGAAGUCACUCCUAUGGGUCACAUUGCAAAUCAGUGACAAAGAUUAGAACGCCUGACCCUACUUCCCUUCCUUGGGUGGAUCUCUUUUCCUUCUAGCUACCUCCUUCUGGAUCAGGAUGGCCUCUCCAAAAAUGGAGACUGUUAUGGUGGGCCUGACCCAGGAGCAGCACCUGCACCCAGAGGCCCCUGUUGGAGGUGAUGAGCUGCCAGCUCCCAGAGGGCCCUCUGAAUCCCCAGGAAACCAAACGCCUUAUUCCCAGACAUCUCAGGGCCCAUAUUUUCCCAGAGCAAGGAGGUUCGUAGGAAAGAAACAAUGUGCCAGCUUUUCUUUUUUUUUUUUUUCCUGAGGGGGUGAGGAGGCAAGCUCUGAGUUGUCCAGGAGGAGAGACUUUGGCUAAAAAUAGCUAUGGCGUGUGGAUCAGCCUCUAGUGGUACCCAGGACUGGGGAGGGGAGGGGGAUGCUCUAGAGCUGUCGCCAGACUGGUUGCUGUGGAAACAGGAGAGGAGCAGGGGAGCCUGGGAAGUGGGGAUGACACAGAUAGCAAGUCCUAGUCAGAGCUGCCGCUACAUUUAGGAGAAACAGCAGUGUCUGCGGCUCCCACCCUCCAAGGGGGCUGGGUGGGGGGCGGUCAGGGGCAUGGACGCUACCCCCCAGGGGUCUCUGCUGCCGGCUACUCUCCUCUCCACACACUGUGAGUUGAGAUGCGGGGGACUUGGGUUUGGGCCCCUGUUUCCCAAGCAAGAGGGGGUUUGGGAAGAGCUGGUUCCUGAGGGAGUUUUCAGCAGAUCCUUUUCCAAAAAAUAAGCCCCCUUGCUGGCCAGCACUCCCUAGGGGGAGAAAGGGAGAUCCAGGAAAAUGUGGCCCUGGGGUCUUCUGAAAAGGGGUCACAGUACGCACAAGAAAUAAGGAGUAGGCUGGAGGAACAGGAAUCUUUGGAGGGAAGUGCAGAAAUCAAGUCUUUGGUCCUGGGAUAGAGGCAACAAUUUCACACCUUUCCUAUCCCAUUGAGAAAAAUGCAGCCCCCAUUCAGGAAGACAGGAGAUGGGACACAAUCAAAGGAAGGCUCACCUGGAUCCCUGGGGCAAUGGAGAGGAGGGAGUCAUGGGGGCGAUCAGAUUCUGGGGUUACGUCCCCAGCCCUGGGCAGAGAGAUCUGUCUAAGGGGGCAGAUUGGGGGUGAGAUUACCCAAGACCCUGAGCGAACAGCUGAAAGCCCACCUGGGGCUGAAGAUAGGACGAAAGGGACCCAGGUUCUUUUCUGCAUGACCUGGGGUCUCUGAGCCAGCGAAUGCUUAGAGAUCGCUUCUCGAGGACAUCCUGGACCUCAGUGAAGGAAACAGAAACCCAUUGUAGGGGGAGGGGAAGACCCUACUCUGCCAUUGCACUGGGGCUCCUGGACCCUGUGUCCCAUGACUCCUCCUUGAAAAUAAAUGUGUGUGGGAGUGCCUAAGCUUCAAGCCAUCUCUUUUUGGUUUCUCCUGCCCUCUACCCCAACACACACACACACACGCACAGAGCCUCCAGAGGUCUGGCUGCAGAGCCCCUCACUCCAGAACUAAAAUUCUGGAGCUCCGGGUUUGGAGUUACAUAUCCAGGUGGUUUCUCCCCAGGACCUGGUCAAACAUCCAGGCCAUCUGUGAUCCCUGUCACACUCCUUCCUUCCACCACCCCACCCCCUCCACCACGCUCCCCAGCCAGCCCAGGUUUCCUUGGAGGGGGGAGACGGGAUGGCUCCCAUGAAGAAGGGAAGGUUGUUGAAGAGUCCCAAAUCCUUAUUCCAAACCUUUCCUUGUGUGCUCCAUACAUCCUAGGGGCCCCUGGUGCCUAGGGAAGGCUCUGGAUCUGUCUCCCAGGGCAGAUUACAGCUCAAAGACCUCCUCAGGGGGAAAAAUUAGAAGCAAAAUCAGGUGUGCUUCCCUUAGAAUGUGAGCUUUGGGGCAUAUGGUGGGGGAGCUGUUAUAAGCGUAGUCAAUGGGAAGUAGGAGGCUGGGGGAAAAGAAUGGAGAGAGUGGGCUAGGUAAAUGUGGGUGCUUAGGCUUCACUUGAUUUACUUGUCUCAUGAUGAAUAGGAUACUAGAGGGACACAAGCCUAACUCUUGAUGAACUCUGCACUUCCUUUACCCCACCUGUCUGUGUGGAUCUCAUAUGCUCUAUACCUCCCGCCCAUUUUUGGGCUGUCUCCACUGUAGAAAGAACCCAGGGGAGAUGGGGCUCACACUACAGCAGCAAUGCUCAUGGUUAGUCCUCAGGGAGGAUUUCCAGUGGGAAUUUCCUAAAGUGUGAAUGCUCAACCCUUGCACACUGGCGAUUUUUCACUUAACUUUCCUCCGCUUUCAUUUCCUUCUCCUUUGUAAGCUUGCUCAGAGGAGGAAGAUGUGGGAGGAGGUAGAGUAAGUGAGGUGCAGGGAGGGAGGAUGGGAAAGAUUUUCUGUGUCAGUCUUGGAGUGAACCUCAAAAGAGCCUGGUUAGCCGUCAGGCUGAACUGGAGAGAGCAGUGAUUAGGGGACUGCCCUGAUAUUAGCCAGGGAGGGGGCGGAGGAGGCCUUAGGGCAGGGAGGGCGCCACACCUACAGGAAGAUGACCCUGCCUGCCUCCAAGGAGCCCACAGCCUAAGGAUUUCAGGAAACUCCCUCCCUGCCUGGGCCUUUUGCCCGGGGAUGUCCGGAGGGGCCACACACUCCAGUUAGAGGUGGUACAACCAGGAUCUCUCGUACGCUCUUCCCCUGGAAAUCAUCAUCCAACUUGCAUAGUGCUAUCCAGUUCGUAUACAUUAUCUCAUUGACUCUACGAUCUUGUGGUCUUGGGGGGCAGCUGGGGUGGUGUGUUUUAUUCCCGUUCUACUGAUACGGAAAUCGAGGCUGAGAGACACGAAGGGACUCGCUCAGAGCCACUUGGAGCUGGCCCGGGGGUCUCCGCCUCUCCCACGGGUCCGUUAACCCGGCCCAUCUUUAAGUCCCUGCAGGAUCCCCGACGCCGCCGAGGCGCCCGGCGAGGGGCGGCGAGCGGCGGCAGCCCGGGGCCCCCUGCGUCCGCAGGCGCCCACCGCGCUCGCCCUGAGCCGCCGCCAUGGCGCAGGAGAACGCCGCCUUCUCGCCGGGGCCCGAGGAGCCGCCGCGCCGCCGCGGCCGCCAGCGCUACGUGGAGAAGGACGGCCGGUGCAACGUGCAGCAGGGCAACGUGCGCGAGACGUACCGCUACCUGACCGACCUCUUCACCACGCUCGUGGACCUGCAGUGGCGCCUCAGCCUGCUCUUCUUCGUGCUCGCCUACGCGCUCACCUGGCUCUUCUUCGGCGCCAUCUGGUGGCUGAUCGCCUACGGCCGCGGCGACCUGGAGCACCUGGAGGACACGGCGUGGACGCCGUGCGUCAACAACCUCAACGGCUUCGUGGCCGCCUUCCUCUUCUCCAUCGAGACGGAGACCACCAUCGGCUACGGGCACCGGGUCAUCACCGACCAGUGCCCCGAGGGCAUCGUGCUGCUGCUGCUGCAGGCCAUCCUGGGCUCCAUGGUGAACGCCUUCAUGGUGGGCUGCAUGUUCGUCAAGAUCUCGCAGCCCAACAAGCGCGCCGCCACGCUCGUCUUCUCCUCGCACGCCGUGGUGUCGCUGCGCGACGGGCGCCUCUGCCUCAUGUUCCGCGUGGGCGACCUGCGCUCCUCGCACAUCGUCGAGGCCUCCAUCCGCGCCAAGCUCAUCCGCUCGCGCCAGACGCUCGAGGGCGAGUUCAUCCCGCUGCACCAGACCGACCUCAGCGUGGGCUUCGACACCGGCGACGACCGCCUCUUCCUCGUCUCGCCGCUCGUCAUCAGCCACGAGAUCGACGCCGCAAGCCCCUUCUGGGAGGCGUCGCGCCGCGCCCUCGAGAGGGACGACUUCGAGAUCGUCGUCAUCCUCGAGGGCAUGGUGGAAGCUACGGGAAUGACGUGCCAAGCUCGGAGCUCCUACCUGGUGGACGAGGUGCUGUGGGGCCACCGCUUCACAUCAGUGCUGACCCUGGAGGAUGGCUUCUACGAGGUGGACUAUGCCAGCUUCCAUGAGACCUUUGAGGUGCCCACCCCCUCUUGCAGUGCCCGGGAGCUGGCUGAGGCUGCAGCCCGCCUUGAUGCCCAUCUCUACUGGUCCAUCCCCAGCCGGCUGGAUGAGAAGGUGGAAGAGGAAGGGGUGGGGGAAGGGGCAGGGGGAGGGGCUGGAGUUGACAAAGAGCAGAAUGGCUGCCUGCCACCCCCAGAGAGUGAGUCCAAAGUGUGACCAGUUUCCUCCAGACCCCUGUGGCAGGGCCAGACACAGGCACCUGGGGAGCUGGAUGUGAGAGGUGGAGAAGGAGGCUAGGCCCCUGGGAAUACACUAAAGCUGGAGAGGCCCCCUCAGAAUCUCGAGACUCGGAUCCAAUACGGAAAGGAGGGCUCCUGAUUUCAGGAGAAUGAAGGGUGGGGAUGAGAGAACUUACCAGCCUGUCUGUAUGUGACUUCACAUCUGUUCUUGAGUGGAUGGAUAGACAGAAGGAUGGACUUAUGUGGAUUGGAUGGGAAGGUGGAUAGACAGCUGAUGGAUAGCCAGUGGACCAACAGACAGGUGUACACUCAGGGCUGCUGCUAACCCACAGAGCAUCUUUGUGAAAUCUUGAAAAGGCGCCCUUUUCCUCCAGACCGACGCCGCCCCAAACCAGGGUACAUGGCUUGGGGAGUAGAGUGUGGGCUGGAGUUUGGUCCCCACUCACCUCCUCAGCCAUCUUCCCUGUGUCUGGCACACCUGUUUCACUGGACACAGUAGCCUGAGUGGCCCAGAGGAGAGGAAGGUGGACAGAGAUAAGGAGGGUGCCCUGCCAGCUCUACCCCCACCACUGUGACAGGCCAAGCAGAGGACGAAAGGCUGCUGGGGUGGCUCAGCAGGGUAUGGAUGACCUUGUCCACAUAAGCAGGGCAACAUGCAGUGGGGGAGAUGCCAGAACCGGGGCCCUGGAGCAGGGCCUGGAGAAGGACAAGAGAUGGCUCUUUUCUGACAGUAGAGUGAGAUCUCAUAAGUACCACUGUGGAGGCAGGAGGGGAGAGAGAGGUUUCGAGGAGGAAGAAGGCCCAGGGCAGAGAUGGACAAAAUGAGUUCACUAGAGCUGGGACACAGGAGCCCUUGGGAAAGCAGAACUAGUCUUAGGGCACCAUGAGAAGGAGUCAUUCAGAUCAUUCAUUGGGUGCCCAGUGGGUACUGAGCACUGACCCAGUACCAUGUGGGGUGGACAGUCAGAGACUCGAUUCCAUGCUUGGAAUACAGCAUGCAUGGGGGACACAGAGAAAUACACUCGUGGCCAGUGAACAAGAUAUGGUUGAAACUGUGAACCUGAGCCAUCUCUUGGAGCAGGGGGUGGGAGGGUUUGGUUAUCAGAAGGCUAGGGAUUGAGUAAGCAGAGAACGAUCUGAGUCAGCAGUUAGAAAACUCGAGUGGGCCUCAGGGUCACCUGGAGGACUUGUGAGAACACAGAUUGCCGGGCCCCACUCCCAGGGCUUCUGACUCAGUAGGUCUGGGGUGGAGACCAAAAGUUUGCAUUUCUGACAAGUUCCCAGGUCCUGCUGAUGCUGCUGGAAUGGGGACCGUACUGUGGAACCACUGCUCUCAGCAAAGACUUGGAGGUCAUAUCAGGAGGUGGGGCCUACAAGCUGAGCAGAAGCUGCGGAUCUCUGGGGGAGGAGACUGAAAUAUAAAGGGUGGAGUAUUGGGCGGGGGGAGGGACCCUGAAACCCAGGCUGAAGAGUCUUAACUCUGGGCCUGGGGACUCACCCAUCAGUGGAAAUAAGGCAGUGACAAGCUGGCAGUGGUGUUUUGGGAAGAUGAGUAGGCAAGACAGAUGGGAUGAAGCAGUCUGGAGGCCUGGAGGGGAUUCUUGGAGAGGUGGGGGGGAGCUGGAACAGGAAGGGCAUGCGUGACAAAGGAUCGAAUCCUCUGCGGGGCUUAAGAGGCAGGAUUGAAAGUGGGAGAAAAUGUAAGAGAGGAGCGAGGAGUCCAAACAUCUGGUCUGUCUGUGGCCUGCUGUCUGCCCACCUGGGACAGGAGUCCCUGGAGACACAUAUUCCCACCCUAUGUCCACCCCCUUCCUGGUGUCAUCCCAGUCACCAGGAGCAAAGUCCCUGGUUGGUGAUGGGGGAGCAGCGGCAAAGGUAGAGGGGACCUGAGGCUGGCCUCCCGGGAGAAGUCUGUGUCCAGGCAGGCACACCCUCAGACAGCACUGGCCUAGCAAUGACCUCCAUUCCUUGGCCCUGGCUACACCCUACUCCUGUCCUUUAAUAAAAGUCUGAGCCCUUUCAGGGAAAGCA